AAUAAUGCAUAAGAAAGAUUUCAAGAAAUCUUGUUAUAUAUCUAAUAAUGCAUAGGAAAGAUUUCAAGAAAUCUUGUUAUCCGAAUGUCGUCCCUACUGAUGAAGAUCUCGUAGACAUACGUAUCUCUAUAAUCACUAUUUAAAAUGUAUUUUAAUAUUUAUACUAGUAUCACCCCAAUAUAGUGGUUGAUCAAAUCCUGGUGGGCAUAACCUAAUUGAUCAGCAUCAUAGAUUACUAUGUUCUCUUUCCAGCACAGUGAUGACCUACUAUUUCACCAGAUUCCUUCUUUAAUUUCCUUCCAACAACCGGCAAGAACUCAACAAGAUCUUGUAGUGAAGCUUCAUGAUCAUGUUCCCAUGGAGGCCACUACAAAUAUUCCACUCACCAAAGCCAGGAAACUGCAAGGAGGUCAGUCACCUUCGUCUAAACCUAAUUCAGCAACUACUGAUCAAGGGGUAGAAGAUAGUAAUAAAGAUGAGCAUACACAAAAAAAAUUGGCUCAUAGAGAGAUCGAAAGACAACGAAGGCGCGAUAUGGCUGAUCUUUAUGCUUCACUUAGGGGUCUACUUCCCCUUGAUUUCGUUAAGGGAAAGCGGUCUACAUCGGAUCAAAUGCAUCAGGCAGUGAGUUACAUCAAACACAUGCAAGAAAAAAUCAAAGUCUUGGGUGACAAGAGAGACCGGCUCAAGAAAUUUGUGGAGGCGGGUGUUCCUGGUGAAGCCACAAAUACUGAGAAAGAAAAGCAAAUGAAUUUACUUCCUAAUACCGUCUCAAUUAGCUCUUGUAUUAAUGGGGGAGUUCAUAUGUUUGUCAAUAGUUGUUUAGUAGAACAUGGUUUCCCUCUUUCAAGCGUUCUAAAAGCGAUCUCCGACGAAGGUUAUAAUGUUAUAAGCUGCAGUUGUACUAAAGCAAACCAACGGUUGAUUCACUCUAUCCAAACUGAGGUGAAUGAUGAACCAGUGUCAACUGAUCUCUCCAUAUUGCAACAAAGAUUAUCUGAGGUGGCCAAUAACUACUGAAGUCAAGAUAACUGUGGAACCAGUUAAGGUAAAUUUUAAUGAUUGCAUGAGCUUAUUAUGGAGAUGUGUACCCAUUUGUGUUUUAUGUUCUAGCAAAGAUCUUUAUAGUGAGCUUUUGUGAAGCUCUUUUGGUGACAAUAUUAGUGUACGUAAGAUACAUGGUAUUAUUAUUGUGUGUGUUUAAUCCUUUAAUUUUCAUGUCAUAAUUAAUCC